CUCUAUUGUUAUUUCAUGUCUUCUUCCUCUCCUCUCACAGGCUAUGCCCAGGAGGAACAGCUGAAGGAAGAGGAGGAAAUCAAAGAGGAAGAGGAGGAAGAGGAAGACAGUGGUUCGGGAGCUCAACCUCAGGGCAGCAAUGACGCAGGGACAGACGAGGAGCCGGAAACGGGCCCCGAGCAAAAGGGCUGCUUCAGCUACCAGAACUCCCCAGGAAGCCACCUGUCCAACCAGGACGCUGAGAACGAGUCCCUGCUGAGCGAUGCCAGUGAUCAGGUGUCAGACAUCAAGAGCGUGUGCGGCCGAGAUGCCUCGGAUAAGAAAGCCAGCGUGCACCCUAAGCUUCCAAACGAAGCCCACAGCUGCAUGGAUAAGAUGACCGCCGUCUACGCCAACAUCUUGUCUGAUUCCUACUGGUCGGGCCUGGGUCUUGGCUUCAAGCUGUCCAACAGCGAGAGGCGGAAUUGUGACACCCGAAACGGCGGCAACAAGACGGAUUUCGACUGGCACCAGGACGCUCUGUCCAAAAGCCUGCAGCAGAACUUGCCCUCGAGGUCCGUGUCGAAGCCCAGCCUGUUCAGCUCGGUCCAGCUGUACCGGCAGAGCAGCAAGAUGUGCGGGGCUGUGUUCACCGGGGCCAGCAGGUUCCGGUGCCGGCAGUGCAGCGCCGCCUACGACACCCUGGUUGAGCUGACCGUCCACAUGAACGAAACCGGCCACUACCAAGACGACAACCGCAAAAAGGACAAGCUCAGGCCCACGAGCUACUCCAAGCCCCGAAAGAGGGCUUUCCAGGAUAUGGACAAGGAGGAUGCUCAAAAGGUCCUGAAAUGCAUGUUUUGCGGUGAUUCCUUUGAUUCCCUCCAAGAUUUGAGUGUCCACAUGAUCAAAACAAAACAUUACCAAAAAGUGCCUUUGAAGGAACCAGUCCCAACCAUUUCAUCAAAAAUGGUCACUCCCGCCAAGAAACGCGUCUUCGACGUCAAUCGGCCAUGCUCCCCAGAUUCAACCACUGGGUCGUUUGCAGAUUCGUUUCCGCCCCAGAAGAACGCCAGCCUCCAACUGUCCUGCAACAACCGCUACGGCUACCAAAACGGUGCCAGCUACACCUGGCAGUUCGAGGCCUGCAAGUCCCAGAUCUUGAAGUGCAUGGAGUGUGGGAGCUCCCACGACACUCUGCAGCAGCUCACCACCCACAUGAUGGUCACCGGUCACUUUCUCAAGGUCACCAGCUCCGCCUCCAAGAAAGGCAAGCAGCUGGUGCUGGACCCACUGGCUGUGGAGAAGAUGCAGUCGUUGUCAGAUGCCCCAAACAGUGAUGCCCUGGCUCCCAAGCCAUCAAGUAACUCUGCCUCUGAUGCUGCAGUCUCCUCGAUGGAGCUGAAGAAGGACAGCAAAAAGGAAAAGCCAGAGGAGAUCAACCAGGAUGAGAAAGUCAUGAAAAGCGAAGACUAUGAAGACCCUCUCCAAAAGCCACUAGAUCCUACGAUAAAGUACCAGUAUCUGAGGGAGGAGGACUUGGAAGAUGGCUCGAAGGGCGGAGGGGACAUUUUGAAGUCUUUGGAAAAUACCGUUACCACCGCCAUCAACAAAGCCCAGAAUGGGGCUCCCAGCUGGAGCGCGUACCCCAGCAUCCACGCAGCCUACCAGCUCUCGGAGGGCACGAAGCCUUCCUUGCCUAUGGGCUCCCAAGUCCUGCAGAUCCGACCCAACCUCAGCAACAAGCUGAGGCCUAUCGCACCCAAGUGGAAAGUGAUGCCGCUGGUGUCCGUGCCUGCACACCUGGCCCCUUACACGCAAGUGAAGAAGGAGCCGACGGACAAAGAGGAGGCGGUGAGGGAGUGUGGGAAAGAAAGUCCCCGUGAGGAGGCGUCCUCGUUCAGCCACAGCGAGGGGCAUGCUUUCUCCAAAAGCGAACCCCCUGCAGAGUCUAAAAAGGUUGAGCCGCGUCCCCCGAAGGAGGAGGACAAGCUGAUGAGAGAGGGCAGUGAGAAAGAGAAAGCCCCGGUCUUAGAGCCGGCAUCUCCACUCAGCAACGGCUGCGCCCUUGCCAACCCUGCAGCAGCCCUGCCGGGCAUCAACCCACUCAGCGCCCUGCAGUCCGUCCUGAACAAUCACCUGGGCAAAGCCACAGAACCCUUGCGCGCGCCCUCCUGCUCCAGCCCAAGCUCAAGCACAAUGUCCAUGUUUCACAAGCCGAGCCUCAGCGUCAUGGACAAGCCGGUCCUGAGUCCCCCCUCCACGAGGCCAGCCAGCGUGUCCAGACGCUAUCUGUUCGAGAACAACGAUCAGCCCAUCGACCUGACCAAGUCCAAGAGCAAGAAGGCCGAGUCCUCGCAAGCACAGUCCUGCACGUCCCCGCCCCAGAAGCACGCCCUGUCCGACAUCGCCGACAUGGUCAAGGUCCUCCCCAAGGCCACCACCCCGAAGCCCGCCACCUCCCCCAGGGUCCCUCCUGUGAAGCUGGAGAUGGAUGUCAGGCGCUUCGAGGACGUGUCCAGUGAGGUCUCCACCUUGCAUAAGAGGAAAGGCCGGCAGUCCAACUGGAACCCCCAGCAUCUUCUGAUCCUGCAGGCUCAGUUUGCCUCCAGCCUCUUCCAGACCUCCGAGGGCAAAUACCUGCUGUCCGACCUGGGCCCGCAAGAGCGGAUGCAGAUCUCGAAGUUUACGGGACUCUCAAUGACCACCAUCAGCCACUGGCUUGCCAACGUCAAGUACCAGCUUAGGAAAACGGGCGGGACCAAGUUCCUGAAGAACAUGGACAAAGGACACCCUGUCUUCUACUGCGGUGACUGUGCCUCCCAGUUCCGAACCCCGUCCACCUACAUCAGCCACUUAGAGUCCCACCUGGGCUUCCAAAUGAAGGACAUGACCCGCCUGGCCGUGGAGCAGCAAGGCAAAGCGGAGCAGGAGAUCUCCCGGGUGUCGUCGGCUCAGCGGUCCCCGGAAAGCACAGCUGGCGAAGAGGACACGGACUCUAAAUUCAAGUGUAAGUUGUGCUGCCGGACAUUUGUGAGCAAACAUGCAGUAAAACUCCACCUAAGCAAAACGCACAGCAAGUCCCCCGAACACCAUUCUCAGUUUGUAACAGACGCGGACGAAGAAUAGCUCUGCAGGACAAAUGCCUUAGUUCCAACUCUCCAGCCUGGAUUCCCUUCACACCAGGCCUUGCCCUGCACCACCCGCUCUCCUGACAGUGAUUCCUCUCGACACCCUGCUCUAAGAAGACUGCCACACACAAAAAAAUCACCCCAGCCAUUUCUCUUCAUCCGCACUAACAAUUUGGUAAUGAAGUAUUGAUUUCCACUUCUCUGCUUAUGGACAAUAUUAGAUUUUCAUUGAUAAACUGCAACGGGGCUGCCUCGUCUCCACGGUCCCCUUUCCGCUGUCACAAGAAAACAAAGAGCUGCUGAAGAAGAAGAAGGACUGAGAACACUGAUGUACUUAUUUUGUCAGUUUGUACCACUUGACAGGAAAGGGCGGGGGAGGACGAGUCUUCAGAGUUUAAUGUCCAAGUGGGCUGCCCUUAAUGUAGACGCUUGGAAGCCUAUUUUCCAUGGUAAUGUCCAUUUCCUAUUUAUAACCCCUCUGGGAACGUUUGUCUAAAGGAAAUGUUUCUGUUCAGUGCAACAAUUACAGUUGCACCUGGAUUGCCCAGUCCUGCCCUUGCACUUGGGAGCCAUCAGUCACCACAAAGUGGAAGAAUUAUUAAGUUAAACCAGAGUUUGAGCCAAGAAAACCUCUGAACAAUGUUCAUCUUCUGGGAAAGUUGUUCACAUAGUCAGGCUUAACCGUGUUGCUGCCAGUGACUUUUUCCCAUGCUGUAGUGGGCAUCUGUAUUAUCAUUAUCUUUAUUGGUUAAAAAACAUACAGUUUUGAGCAUGCACCACUUUAUAUGAGACCUGCAAAUCGGGACAAUUGGGGGAAUUGGGGAGAUGUAGAAUCAGAAAAAAACAAGAAGAUGAGAUCACUGCAGGGUAGAAAGUUCAGCAGCAGCCUUUUGUGGUAAUUUCUUUCUCCAGGAUCUGUUGUUUAUGGGCUUGGAAACACAGCUUAGCUGUAGAAGCAACAGAAAGCAUGAAAUAGGGUGUCCAUCUUAAAUGUGUUCCUGCAACUUUUUUCAUUAAAACUUUGAGGGCCCAAUUUUAAUUUGUGGAAUAUUCCCGUUAAUAAUGAGAUCUAAUUAAGACAUCCAUUAAAAGCCCGUUAAAGUUAAUUUAACGUAAAAAUUCCAAUAGAACUGUAUUAGAUUUUCUCCAUUAAAUUAACGUUAUGGAUUUUUAACGGAUGUCUUAAUUAUACGUUAUUAUUAACGGGAAUACUGUAUUACACAGAUUAAAAUCAGGUCCUAAGUCAACUUGGAAAAGCUAAGAGCAUGCUUUACUAUUAAAACCUUUGUAUAUCUAGUGCACUGUUUGGAAAUGCAGAGAUAGAUCUGUUUAGUUGUGCAUUUUCUAUACAACUGAAAGCAACCUAUAAUAGAUAAAUCUGUUAUUGCAUUUAAACAAUGAAUUUCCUCAUUCUCAAAGGACAAAUAAGUCUAGAUUGUGUUGUAAACUGCUACUCAGCUAUAGGUGAAAUAUUUAAACUAUUCUAGGCACAACACUAGGAACUAGAUGAUUCUGAAACAAACGAGUCACUUUUGUUGUUGCUUUAAUUACCAAGGAAAUCUCUGUCACAUCUUUUAACACCAACAAAAUGAAGCCAAAUAUCUCCAGAUAUAUCCUCUGUGCCAUUUCUCAUGGCACCUGCCUGUUGGAAUUGUUUUGGGAAUUUUGACAUGAUCCCUAAAUUCAACAUUGGAAUUUAAAAAAAAAAAAAACAACUUCUUAUUUACCUCCUAGAGAAAGUGUUGCCCUUAUGCCACAUAUAAUAGCAAAUUGCUUUUUUUAUGGCAUGCAUAACCUAGAUGGGAAAAAAUAUGGCGCUUCGGGGAAGGAGGGAAAAAGUAAAUGAAGUUCCAGGAAUGUCAUUCUGAAGUAAUGAGGCAUGGACAGAAAAUAUACCCCUCACAUCAUCGGAUUGAGAUGGCAGUCGAAAUAGCUUCAUUGAAGUGUCAGCACUCAUCCAUCAAUCAAUCACCCACAAGGAAAAAUAGCAACAGUACAACGGGCUGGCUUUUAUGGGAUUUACUCAUGGGCAUAGGGAACAGCAGCUCAAAUGCAGCUCUGACAUGAAAAGCAAGGUGCUGAUAUUAUUUUUUAUGAUGGGAGGAUCAUAAAGUGAAUUGAGAACAGCGAGGGCUGUCUUUGCUUAACCUAUUCAACCAGAAAUAAAUGGCGCUCAACUGGAAAGGAACAGUCUUCAGAUGGGUUAAGAUUGAAGGGUGGACUCUACUGAGCACUGUCCUUCGACAACAAAAUUCUAUUAAAGGGAAAUCAAUGCAUUAGCACUGGGGUUCUUGAAGCUGUUAAAAAUUGCCUGCUCCAACCCAGGGUUAUUAGAUAAACGGAUAUAAUUCAGAUUCUGUCUAAACCGUCCCAAAGCAGAUUCUUGAGCUCUUUCUCCAACUUGGGGAAAACAAUGCGAUUCUCAACUCGAUGGAAAUUGCUUCCCUUCUAAGAAAGAAAUAAAUCAUCUGCUUCAACACAUCAUCUAUACAGUUUUGUUAGCGCAAUUUCUGUGGAGGGGUGGGUGGGAGGCAAGAGACAAAAAUAUUUAUAAAUUUGGUAAGACUCAUGAGUCGUUGCUUGGUAACCAUAAAUGUCACUGCUGAGGGACAGCUGCCAAUGCUCUCCUUAGGAAACAAGAUCUGGGCUCUUUUUGUGAGAUGCACACAGAGCUCAGUAUAUUCCUAGAGACCAGACCUGUCUUCAUUUGGCAAGCUCUGGAAAGCUUCUAGAAACUUCCUUCUGGAGGGGAAAAAAAACAACAAGAACUCAGGAGAAUGUUUUUAAUCUGCUUUCACACCUUUCUCUUCCUCUCUCUGUAAAUAAAUAAAGUGCUGAUAAAUUGGAACAUUCGAUGGACAGAAAAAUGAUGGGCAAAUAUCAUGCAAACUACACCUAAGGAUCUCCAUUCUGUCCCCAACCCUAGGUAUCAGUGAGGGCAGGACCGCUUUUCCUUCCCUUCCCUCCUUCUAGCUAAGACCUCCCACAGGCUGCAAACUGAAAUGCCUACUGAAAAAAUCGUAUAUAUGGCUACUUCAGUUUUAGGCAUUUGGCCCCAUUUUGUAGUUCAACAAAUUCACCAAAUGUACAGCAUGUAACAAGACACCAGGAGCAGAAGACAGAAGAGGAAACGCAAUUUAUUCAGCAAAUUGACUAACAAAUGUUAGCGGGCGUCUGCUGGGACUUCCCUGACAGUCUAGUAGUUAAGACUCUGUGCUUCCAAUGCGGGUUUGAUCCCCAGUCAGGGAAUUAAGAACUUGUAUGCUGCAUGGUACAGCCAAAAAAAAUGUUUAAUGAUAUUAUCAGGCAUUUAUUGUAUGCACAGCACUCUCCUAGGUGCUACGGGACACAAGGUGAACAAGGCACACAACAUGCUGGUCCUCGGGUGUGUACAGCAGCACCUGAAGCUGGUUGAUACCAGACGCCUGGGUGAGGGGCUAAAUUAGGGUCCAACUCCCCUCAUGCUAUUUGCACUUUAUACCUGCUUUUCAAAAAUAAUAAUCUUUCUGAAUAGGAAAUUCGCCUUCUGAGAAGUAUACAGAGAGGAAAUAGUUUAAAAAUAGGUCAUGGCCUAAAAGCAGACUAUAAUCAUAGAAUAAAUUGAAUAGUCCAGACAGUCCCCACAGAAUUUAAGGUCAGAACUAGAUUUCUUAAACCUCACCCCCAGAAUGCGCCUGCUCGGUUGUUGGAGUCUUUCAUAAUUAAUGUCACAGACACAAGCCGCUGAAUUGAGUGGAAAUGCUGAAAACAAACAAAUGAAAUGACAUUUUGGGAAGGCAUUUAGAUAACUCCGACUAAUCAGUGAGGAGGUGUGUGUGAGUGUGCGUGCCCGUGUGUGUGUCCAUGAGUAUAUUUUACUUUCACUGUAAUUUUCCAGGGCCUAUGGUCAGGGCCACAGUAAGACUCGACAAUUUUCUGAAACUUCCCACAGUAAAUCCAAAGAUUAUACGGCCUUCAAAGGUGCUUACAGCCCGUGUCUUUCCCGUCUGUCAUUCCCUAGGUUAUGUGACUGCUUUCCAAUCUUUUUCACUGGGUUUCAUUUUUCAAGUUUGUUAAAUAUUUUUUGUUUUAAAAAAACAUAAAAAAGUCACUUUCACAUUAUCUUCUAUUCUCUGCAACAAGAAUCGAAGAGUGCUGAUGAAUGCUGAAAUAAUAACAAUAAGGAAAUAUAUUGAAGGUUUCAAACACACAAAUAUACACAUGUAAUUCUAAAGAACAAAAGUGGUAUCUAUUUUGAACAUGCAUUUGGCAAAAAAAAAAAAAAUCACAAGUGAACUUUGCAUUUAUUUUUUCCCCCUGUGAGAUGUUAAAAUGCUAAUUUCAUUUUCUCCCUUCCUAUAUGUGGCACUUUCUCAAAAUAUCCACAAAACACUUUUAGACAAAGAUUGAGCAGGAGAAAGAGACCCAGAUCUCCAUCCCCACAGACAGAGACAUGUUUCCAUUGUAGGGAACCAUUAAACAUUUUGAAACUUGUGAAUUAUCUUUAGAAUUUCUAUGGGGGAAUUUUACCUCUUCAUCCAAAGUAAAAGCCACUUAUCUCCUUUGGUUUCCUGUGACAGAUUCAGAAGCAGACGCAGAUACACAAUUUCCAGGCUCUAGUUAAUCUUCUUCCAAUACUUCACGAACAAUGGGCUAACAGGCGUGGGUGUUUCUUCAAAAUUAUUCAUGCGGAAGGCAGCCCAAAGCUUCAGGGAAAACUAGAAAUGUUUUAUGGAUUAGAGGAGGACUGUUUUAAAAUGCUAGUACCAGGUGGAACGUUAUUUCUGCAACAGAACUUUGUCCAUUUCCAUUGGAAAAAUAUAUUCCAAGUAAAAUGGCUCCUGCAAGUAAAGGCACCCUGAUCUGACACCUCUCAGCAUACAAAUGAUUUUACCAAUAGCCAUAUGAUGAUCAUUAAGGCCUUUUAAAAAAAGCAACCUGAUUGAAAAAAAAAAAAAAAAUUUAAAUACUCACAGCCCUUCUACAAUGUUUAUUUGCUUAAGACUGCUUUUGGAAGUACAAAUAAUAACUCUUCUGUGAGAACCCCAGGAGAAGUUGAAAAAUUCUAACAAAUGGAUUACUUAAAAAAAAAUUUUUUUUUAAAUAGAAAACCCUCCCACUCCCUUCAACCCCUCCAGAAAAUGAAUUUCAAUGCAUUUACUAAAUCCUGGACCUGAAACCUACAUUUGUAUCUCAGCCCCCAGGCAAAGGCUUAUAUUUACAGAACUUGAGCAAUCAUACGAUUGUAUCUCAAAUAUGAAGACUUUGUACAGCAAUGUAUUCACUUUCUAAAUGACCCAGAUAACAUUCAGGAAUUAUAAAUGUGUAUGUAUAUUUUGUUUUAAAUAUACUAAGCUCAACCAAUCUGCGGAGAAGAUGUAAAAACUAUUUUCAUUCUGCAUGGAGAUCAACGCAACAGAAACAUUCCAGUUUUGCAGUAUAAUGUUUUGGCUUAUAAUACAUCAGAUGCUAGAAUGUGCAUGCAAGUCAGAAAAAGCUGACAUACACAACCAUUCUUGUCUGGCUCAGGGUUCUUAAAUGUCAUAAUAUCUGGGGAUACAAUCUACUUUUUGGUCUCUGAUAUGCUGGUAUCUUUCUAAUCCCUUCUGACUUUGACUCCUAACAGCCAGGCACCAUCGGCGUAAAUCAGAAACUUCCAAACGCCUUAAAAAUCAAGAAGGUAGUUGAUCAUACACAACCUUCGCACUGGUCAACCAGUUCUUACUCUGCAGAGCGCGUGUGGGUUUUUAAGAAAUUUGGCAUCAACCAUGUUUGUGUUAUAUAUUUAUCCCCUGUUACUUCUAGACAUUUUUUUUUCUUUUGGAAUUGGCAGUAGGGGAGGUAGGGCAUAGUGAGUUGGGAGAAUUCAACCUUGCUCUGAAGGAAAGUGUCUGCCAGCAAAGAAAGGCAAACACGUUUUUAUAUUAGGACAGCAGACUAGUCAUUUUCAAAGAAAAAUGACGGCAAGCAUACCUGUAGAAUGUUCCAUGCGAGCGCACUAAUUUUCUAUAACCUGCAUGCUGUAUAUACUACAUUUGCCUGUAUACUAGGAGGAAAAUCCAGGCUGUUUUCCUUGUGUAAAAUGCAGCGCGGAUGGCUGAGAACAGCAGCCUUCCGUACGUUUUUAUACUGUACAUAUUUGUAUAUACUAACUAUAUCGCCAUGUAUGAACACAGAUUUUGUUAUAUUUGCUUGUUUCUGUUUCCUACCAAACUGGCCCACAAUGGGGAUUCUUUUGUAUAGAAAAAAAAAAAUUAUGCUUGUAAUUUUUUUUCCUGAUCAUUCUCUUUCAAUAGCUUACGAAAGAAUUAGAUCUGAGUUUACAAAGAAACGAUAAAGAACCAAGUUUGUCUGUCUGCAUGAGUCCAUCCAGUUGCUGGAUUUAAGGAGGAAUCAAUGUCCUAAUUCAGGGUUUUCCUUUAAAGGCAUGCUUUACCCCUUGGGAAAACUGCAAACUCAUCCAUGUAAGAAUUAUCCUCUUUGUAUUUUAUCUAAUAGUGCCUGAACAUUUUUUUAAUGUCUUCUUAGAGGAAGAAUUCAUAAUUGUCAAAAUUUGAAACAUUAGCUUAAUUUUGUUUUUAUGACCUCGCAAUUCUUUUCCUUAUUUAUUCGGUUGCUAUUGUAAUGGGGCCCCAGGCCAUUCCUGACAUCGGCGUGUUCUUCUUCUGCAUUAAGGAUGUUUUUAAAAUUACAGAAAUUAUUGAGCCAACAGGCUGUUUUAAUCAAAACCAUGUUUCACUUGUUUUUGAUGAUUAUAAAUUGUCCUUGCAAUGAAAAAAAAAUUUUUUUCUGCUAGGAAAAUUAUACCACCCUGUGGCCAAACAGAUUCAUCACAGAGAGGCAUCCAAGCCUUCAUCUCUGGGAUCUGGAAAGUUCUUUCCCUGGCUGACCAUGCUUUCCUUUGCGCCUGAUCAUCCCAAAUACUAGUGCUCAAUGCAGUCACUACUUGCGAUUUUCCAAAGGCUCACCUACAUUGUCACAGCCUAAAGACACACCAUGCCCCCCGGAAAUGAGGGCUUUCCAGCUUGGGAAAAAAAAACCACGGGGAUUUUCAGGAAAGGUGCUCCUCCUUUUGUCCCCAGGCGCCAGCCUCCUGUCCUUCCUCCUAAUUCUAAACAAUUUGGUCUCGAUACCCCAUAGAACUCAGAUCAGCCAAAAGAAACACCUGGAGCAGCCGCCGGCUGAAUGAAAACGACUUGGUCUGGGCACACUCGAGAUGCAUGUGUGAUGCUCUAGCAAUGAAAUAAUCUCUAAAAGGAGAGGGGUUUUUUAAAAAGUACAAUUUUACCACUAGAAAUAUCUUCUGAUGGUGGAGGUGAAAAUUACAUCAAAGAAGCCAUUAUUUUUUACCUCUAAAGAUUUUUUUUUAAGGAAAAAUCAUUCCAACUUUGAGAACUGUAAUUAAAGCCCUAUAUAAUAGACACUACUUCUUUUAGCUGUUGUGAAAAAAUACCACCACCCUCAGCAAGGUUUAUGCGAGCCCCUCAUUCCAUCAAAAAGGUUUCUAUCCGUGUGCUACUUACAUCCUUAAGCAUGGUAACUCUUUCCUUUGUGUCAAAAAAAAAAAAAUCUCUGUCUCACCCACUCAGGAGUUAUUGGAAAUAGACUGUCCCCAUCUGAAACCUUGCCAUAAUUUGCAUCAGGAAGUUCAACUGCCGACAUUAAGGACCUGGGUGUGUUCAAUUAUGAUUUUGCUGGAGGCUGUCCUUCAUAUGAAUGCUGCAGACAUUGAACCACCUUUUGGAAAUCGGGCUGAUACAGUAUAACUCAGACGGGCCUCCUGACACCAUUAGCUUUGCAAAUGGCUUCAUUUCCGUCAACCACGACUUCCGCUUUGGCUAAUUGAAAAAUGAAAAUUAAAGGAGAGAAGAAGAAAAAAAAAAAAAAAACAAACACAGAUGCACUUAAAACAUGAAAAGAAUUAUUUAUAUGAUAAAAAUAUAUUUAGAUUUUCAAAGCACAAGACUGAAUAGAAGUGCUCUUUUUAUGCUUUCUGAAGAUGUUACUGUUAAAUGUCUUUCUACAUCAGGCUUAAUAAAUCUGUAAUGACAUUUGAUGGAUUGA